AUGAAGUCAUGUUCAAGGUGGCCCUCCACGUCGCAUCUCACCUUUUUGAUUUUCACCGAUGAUGGGGGCCGAGUAAGCCGGGUACCGAAAACAACGCAGACAAGAGCCAGAGCCGCAAGGCCGGCGAGCCUAUCAACUUUACGCAAAGAAACGAGGAUCGCCAGAACACAGCGCACGAGGUCGGUUACUCGGCAGGCUCUACUCGUUUUCAUUACAGGCCUUCAGAGUCAGUCAUCAUUUGAGUGUGCCGCUACCGUUGCCGAUGCCGUGCGUGCCUCUCCCGUCCCAUCUGUCCAUUUCGGAGAGAGCGCAACAAACGAUCCUGGGGCACGACUCAUCGACUGGUGCCGUCCAUGUUACUCUGUAGUAGCCAUGUCACCAUGUGCGUGUGCUGGCACUUUGUACGGUCCGGGACACGCCCUGGCAAAUUCAGGGAGAGAAGAAGCUUGCGGCCUACCAUGUUUGAAUCGAGACGCCCACCCGCUGCAUUAA